UCAAUGUCAAGAGGUCAAAACAAAAAUAUAUAUGAUUGAUAUGUUCGUAUCUGCCAAUAUUUAAAAUCAUAGCUACUUCUCAACAACUUCUUGUAAUGAAUUCUAAAGACAAGUUUUCUGGCCAGAACACCAGUUGGGAGUUCUGAAAGCAAGUUAUGGAAUUGGUUGGGAGAUUCAAAACAAAACUGCCAGAAUAGCCAAAAAAAUGAUGGGUAACACCUAACAAUUUCAUCACACUAAUGAUGCAUUGUUUUAAAUUGCAUAUAUACAGAGGAAAGUAAGAAAUGACUCCCUUUUAAGCCCAUUCAUUUACAUAUCUUCUUCACCUUCUCAACAACUUCUUGUAUAUAUCAAAAGCAUCAAACAUGAUCACCAAUUAGCCAUGGACUGGUUCUCCUGGCUGUCAAAAAGCGGCCUCAACCGCUCGCUCACAUACGAGUAUGGUCUCAUAUUCACUCGCAAUGAGCUCGAAGAGGAGGAUUUGAAAUCCUUCAACCACGAAUUCCUCCAAAGCAUGGGGAUCUCUGUAGCCAAACACAGGCUAGAGAUUCUCAAACUUGCCCGAAAGGAGGUUGGAGAUGGCUCGCGAAGCGUUUUGAGGCUCUUUUUAGCCAUCAAGAAGGCCAGGAAGAGCUUCAAAAAAAGCAUUGGCAAGUGGGCUCUUUUUAGGGAUUCGGAUAGCUCCACUGUGCCUGAGUUAACCCCUUUCCAGGCUCAUUGGACUGGAGCCCUAAGGAAGCACCAUAGUUCAAAGGAGUUCAGCCAAGAGAAGGUUAUGGUCACAAAUAGGAGCAUAAUGAGGUCUGGACCUUUGGAUAGGAGGACCCAUGAGAGAAUGAUGGUGACAAGUAGGAGCCUAAGUGUUUCUGGGCCUCUAGAUGGGAAAAUGCAAGAGAGAUCCAUAAACCGAAGCCCGGUCGUAUCGGGCCCAUUGGACAGUAGAGUUCAAGAGAGAUUGUUUUUUGUCAACAAAAGCCCAGAUAUGUCAUGGCCUUUGGAAGUAGGUGAUUUGAGCCCAAGGGUCAAUAAUCACUAUGGCAAAGAAAAAAUGGUUGGUGAUGAUGAUGGAGUUCAGCCACUAUGGUCUCUUUUGUUUCAAGAUAUAAAACCCACUUGAAAAAUGUGUGUUUUUUAAUGUUUUAUUGUGAGUGAUUAUCAUUUUUGCAAGAAAAAACAAUCACUUUUGUGUUUUUUUGGUUUUUUUUAAACUUCUCUAAAGAUGUUGAUCCAAUCAGUUACAUUAGGUCCAUAUUGCAUGAUUUUUCAUCUUUGUAGAAAUUAUCUAUGCAAUAAUAAAUUCACUAAAGGAAGCG